CGGCAACGGGAAGCGCCGCGGCGCAGGAAGGCUGUUAACCGUCCCGCGGGCUAACGAAACCUGGAAUGAUGCGCUUCAUUUGCUUCCUGCUCAUUUGCACAAUUGCACAGGUUUCCUCUCAGCUUUGUGGGGGCCCUUGCCAUUGUCCCGAACCCCCUCCCCGUUGUCCUCCUGGGGUGCCCCUGGUCCUGGAUGGGUGCCACUGCUGCCAGAUGUGUGCCAGGCAGCUGGGUGAAACCUGCAACAAGAAGUACGCCUGCGACAGUCAGCAAGGGCUGGCGUGCGACUACAGCGCCAGCUACCCGGGGGGGCCGGGGGAGUGUGUCGGCCAAGAGGAGCUCGGCUGUGAGGUCAAUGGCGUGACCUACCAGGAGGGGCAGCGCUUCCAGCCAUCCUGCGCUGUGCAGUGCCACUGUCUGGGAGGAGGAGUGACGUGCCUGCGACUGUGCAGUGAGGAGCUGCGGCCGCCUGGCCCUGACUGCCCCCAUCCCCAGCUUAUCCAGUUGCCGGGACGCUGCUGCAAGCAGUGGCUGUGUGAGAGCAUGGAGAACACAGUCUUACAGGAUGCCCUGGCAGCCUACAGGCCGGACAUAGAUCAGCUGGACCUCUCGACCUUGAACAAGAAGAUAGACUCUAACUGUGUCGAGCAAAGUACCGAGUGGAGCGUUUGUUCCAGGACUUGUGGCCCCGGCGUUUCCACACGGGUGUCCAACAUGAAUCGGGCCUGCCAUUUGGAGACGCAGUCCAGAUUCUGCAUGGUCCGGCCCUGUCAGAACCCCCCGUACAGGGCAACAGCAGGGACACGGUGGUGCAAGCCCAGCUAUGUGAUUCCUCUACCAGUGCGCCUGGAGCGGCAGGGCUGCCUCAGCGUGGGGGCAUUCCGGCUGACGUACUGCAGCCUGUGCCCCGACGGCCGCUGCUGUACCCCCCACCGCACCCGCACUGUCCCCGUAGCCUUUCGCUGUCCCGCGGGCCACCUGCUCCACCUCCGCGUCAUGAUGAUAGAGUCCUGCGUCUGCCACUACCAGUGUCCUCACCCCCAGAGGGCCCACGCUGCAGCACCAGACCAGCUCACUCCCUGAGGAGACCCCAAGACGGCGGCCCGGGUGCCAGGGCUCAGCAGAACUCGGCUUACGGGGCAUGCAGCCCCCCCCCCCCCCCCCAAACACUUCCACUAGUGAUUUGCAACGGAAAUAAUCCGGAGACCCAGUGCUGGCAUGACCUGGCCUGUGAAGACACAGCACCCGCAUACAGAGACACACCCAGGGCCGAGGCCUGGCCACCUGGUGCUGGAAUGAGCCCUUUCAGUGCCUCACACCUGGGAAUAGGGUCACAUCACAUCUGGGUAUAGAGAGGGUCACAUCACAUCUGGGUAUAGAGAGGGUCACAUCGCAUCUGGGAAUAGGGUCACAUCACAUCUGGGUAUAGAGAGGGUCACAUCACGUCUGGGAAUAGGGUCACAUCACAUCUGGUUAUAGAGUGGGUCACAUCACACCUGGGAAUAGGGUCACAUCACAUCUGGGUAUAGAGAGGGUCACAUCACACGUGGGAAUAGGGUCACGUCACAUCUGGGUAUAGAGAGGGUCACAUCACAUCUGGUUAUAGAGAGGGUCAAAUCACACCUGGGAAUAGGGUUACAUCACAUCUGGUUAUAGAGAGGGUCACAUCACAUCUGGGUAUAGAGUGGAUCACAUCUGGGUAUAGAGAGGGUCACAUCACAUCUGGUUAUAGAGAGGGUCACAUCACAUCUGGGUAUAGAGUGGAUCACAUCUGGGAAUAGGGUCACAUCACAUCUGAGUAUAGAGAGGGUCACAUCGCAUCUGGGAAUAGGGUCACAUCCUAUAUAUAUGCAGAAUUAAUCCCAAGACUCAUCUCUUGUUUUCUUGUAAAAAGCUAACAGUGAGAUGAUAUUAUUGGAUAAGUUAUUUCAUUUAUAUUUUUAAAUGGGUUGCCUAUUGGUUGACGAGUCUCUUAAGACAGAUUCCUGCACAUCUGGUAAAAUUCAGCAUUUGUUACACAUUUUUACCUUUUUUACAAAUCCUCAUGUACAUAUAAUUUACUGUAUUGCUAUAUCUUUUAUGCUAUGUAUUAUUAUUACUGUAAAU